CGAUGCCCGGCGGAGAAGGUAAGCGCGCCGCGCCGAUUUCGGCGUCGGCCUUCUCCUUCUCCCUUGCCAAGAAGCCGCGCGCCGCUGCGCCCGCUGCACCUGAGCCUGCGCCCGCACUAGCGCCUGCACCUCCGCCGCCACCCAAGCCGAAAGUCAAGCCGGAACCUCCACCCCCACCACCUUCCGGAACCACAGCCCGCAGCCCAGUACCGACCGCCCGCCCCAUCUCGUCGCACCUCGUAACCCCGACGCGCCCGAAAGCCGCGGCGCUCGGCCUCCCCUCGCCGCCCGCCCUCUCGCCGAAGCCAUCGCGCCGCCAGAUCCCCCUCUCGGCACUUGACGCGUCGCCGUACCGUCCCGAAGCUCUGCCGCGGCGGGAGAGCGACGUCGGCGUCUCGCCGCGCAAACACAAGCCGUUGAAAGGCCAAGCCGCGUCCACGCGCCUCGCGCACCUCGUGGCGGGGACACACACCUCCCUCGUCCUCUUCUACACGUCGUUGCAGCAGCAGCAAUGUGUGCCGGGGCUGCGGGUGCGUGUGGUGCGUGUGCUCCAUGGGCCGGGGGGUAUGGCGCUGUGCACCGCCGGAGGCGGGGGCGGCGCAGGCGAGAGCAUGCUCCUCGUCCUCCGGGCAUUGCCGCCAGAUUGUCCCCGCAUCGGGCUAGAUGCGCGGGCAUUGAGCGAGGGGCACGAGGUCGGCGUCCUCGCCCCAUGGAGCGAGAGCGUGAUGCCCGAUCCGGAGGGGGAGGGGGACGUGAGGGUGGUUUUCGCAUCAAGGUAUAUUGUGUCUGUGGAGAGCUGAGUGUGUACAGUAGUCAUGGGUUGUGAUGGUAAGCGGUGUGAGUAAUGGCAUGCCCCGACGAGUGAGCUUAGUUUGCGCCAUGUCGAAAGAGAGAGGCAUAUUGAUACCAAGUGAGCCAUGUCGAGUUCUGCCCCAGGUGUUUAGCUACUCUGCAGACCAUGUCGUACUGUAUAUUACUUAUCCAAGGGUGAGCUUCGCGCCUGCAUACUGAAGUCCUAAGAAACAGCGGUGCCUCAACAUGACGGGGUUACGUGAAAGACGUCUCGAAGCUCAAGCGAAGGCUGGUCUGUUCUGGCGCCUCCAGACAACGAACAACCUUGUGGUGUAAAGGUACUGCAACGUUGUCUGAUCUGAGCGGCGCGACAUGC